AUGUCCGAUUCAGUUCAACGAGUUUCAACAAAGCAUACUAGGACGCCUGCUCACAGAUUUCACUUCAUUAUCAAAAUUUUGAUUUUCAGCUUAAUUAAUUUAUUUAAGAUCUCAUCAUCUCAAAAUUCUUCUCAUCCAUUAAUCAUCGAAUCCUUAGCAUCACUCGAAUUUCUUUCUCAAUUUGUUCACGUUCUUGCCCGUUUUCUUGAUUUUCAUUUGCCUUAUAAAUCUUUAAAUAAAGAAUUUUCUUUAUUUGGAUUUGGAAGUGGUGCUAGAAUUAAUUCUUCUUCAACAACUUUAGAACAAUCUCUCAGACAAAUACUUUUUAAAUUGGAUUAUUCUUUGGCACAUUUAUGUUUAAGUAAAGGUUUGCCUUCUGAAGAAUGUGAAUUAACUGAACCUUUUGCUAAUUUGUAUACUUUUUUGGCUAAAAUUGUUGGAAUGAAGUUAACAACAAAUUGUGCACCUCAAAUGGAUCACCGUUUAUUGCGACAGAUAAUGCAACAAUUUGCCAUAGUAAAACCUGAUGGACGGAUCAACAGCGAAUUUACUCUUGAUAAUGUUGAAAACGACUGGGUAAGAGUGUAUUACUCUUCCAUGUGAAGUUCACUUGAAUAUUUUGUUUAAAGUGUAAAAAUGAUUUGUAAAAAUAAAAUGCCUUUUUUACGUUUUCGCUAGUUAUUUUUGGAUUUUUG